AGAACUAGUGAAGAGAUUAGAUGUGGUCAGGAUAAAAUCAAUAUCUGGUCCCUAUAUAUGGAAAAAAAUUGAGCGCGAGUAAUUAAAAAAGACGCUCUUUUCUUUCCCCAAAUUAAAAACCCUCAUUUCUUAAAUUGCUCUCUCAAAUCUUCUUGUCGCUAAACACUCAUAACUUCUUGCGGCUCAACACACUUAGCUCCUUGAAGAAUCUCCCUUAUAUUUCAGGUUAUGGCACCUAAUAAGCGACGAAAGCAAGUUAUUGAUGAUGGAGAUGAUGAAGACUACUUAAUCGGGGUGCAAAAGGCUUUGGAUUAUGCUUUUGGAGUAACAGAAGAACUAUAUGAAAUGCGAUGUCCAUGUGUCAAAUGUUGUUACACAACUUUAGGAACACGUGAAACAAUUGAGUCACAUUUGAAAGUAUAUGGAAUAAUUCAAAAUUAUACUUUAGGGGUGUCUGGAAAUGAUUCACCAGGUGCUACAGGGAACGGACAAGGGAGAGGGCAAGGGGUUAGAUCUAUGUGCUCUUUAGGGGUGUCUGGAAAUGAGGUGGGAUCCUUCCAUCAGAAUUCUCUUUAUUCUGGUCAAGGUAUGCCAGCACCUUGUAAUAGUACAAGUUCAGAUGCUACGAUAUCUGAUUAUUCUGGUCCAAGUAUUCCAUCAAAUUUUAAUGGUACAAGAUCAGAUCCCACCAUAUCUACUGGUCAAGGAAUGCAAAGAACAAAUAGGAAACCGUUGGUUCAUGACAAAGAGCAAAUGCAAAUUGAUAUUCCAUCGUCUCCAUCUACUGAUCAAGUUAUGCAAUACACCCAAACUGUUGACACAAGUUCAUGUACUACUAGAAAGGUAAAAAGAGUUCGAGGAAGGAACAAAUGCAAAGAAGUUGCAUCACUUCAAGCUGGGGAGAAGCUGAAAGUAACAUUUUAUAAUAAUCGAACUGUUGGAAAGAAUAGCAGUAUAUUUUCCAGACACUUGGGAAAAUUAGUUCGUGACCAAAGUAUGUGUCCUUUAGGAGUAUCAUCGUGGGAUGACAUUGAGGAAGAAAAGUUAAAUCACAUGUGGGCAGCUGUUGAGGAUAAAUUUGAGAGUGAUGAUAUGGAUACUCAUCGCGACCACAUCUUGGGAUGGAUGAAAGAAUUAUGGAACAAAUGGAGAGGACAAUUACAUGGAAAGUAUGUGAAAGGCAAGCCUAUCCAAGAGGCUCUUAAGAAUAUACCAAAGGGCGUAGACAAGAAACAAUGGGAGUGGUUGGUAAAAGAACAUUUUUCUACAGAAACUUUUCAGGCGAGAAGCAACAGGAACGCAGCAAACAGAGCUAAGUUGAAGAUGUUUCAUCGUAUUGGUAGCAAGCCUAUUCGAGAGGUUAUUUAUCAAAAGGGGGGAAAACAUGGCAACCCACCAGAUUUGGCAACUGUUUUCUUUGAGACUCGCAAGAAGGAUAACAAACUUGUUGAAUCUGAGGCAAUUGAAAAACACGCUCAAAUCCAAGAAUUGGUGCAGUCCGAACCAUCUCUUCCUAGCAUAGAGAUAGUGGAAAAAUGCUUUGGACCUCAAAUUCGUAGCCAUGUAUUUGGCUUUGGAGGUGGAGUAAAAGCGAAAGAUUUGAAAGGUGCCCCAUCCUCAAAGGCUGAAUUACUAUCUGAGUUACGUUCAACCCGAGAGGAAAACCAAUCUUUGAUUGAUCGCUUGUCUGCCUUAGAAAAUGAGGUGGGAUCCUUCCACCAGAAUUCUUUUCAUUCUGGUCAAAGUAUCCCAACACCUUCUAAUAGUACAAGUUCAGAUUCUGCCAUAUCUGCUUAUUCUGGUCAAAGUGUGCCAUCACAUUCUAAUGGUACAAGAUCAGAUCCUACCAUAUCUGCUGGUCAAGAAAUGCAAAGAACAAGUGAAAACCCCUCGGUUCAUGACGAAGAGCAAAUGCAAAUUGAUAUUACAUCGCCUCCAUCUACUGAUCAAGUUAUGCAAUACACCCAAACUGCUGAAACAAGUUCAUGUACUACUAGAAAGGUAAAAAGAGUUCGAGGAAGGAACAAAUGCAAAGAAGUUGCAUCACUUCAAGCUGGGGAGAAGCUGAAAGUAACAUUUUAUAAUAAUCGAACUGUUGGAAAGAAUAGCAGUAUAUUUUCGAGGCACUUGGGAAAAUUAGUUCGUGAACAAAGUAUGUGUCCUUUAGGAGUAUCAUCGUGGGAUGACAUUGAGGAAGAAAAGUUAAAUCACAUGUGGGCAGCUGUUGAGGAUAAAUUUGAGAGUGAUGAUACAGAUACUCAUCGCGAUCACAUCUUAGGAUGGAUGAAAGAAUUAUGGAACAAAUGGAGAGGACAAUUACAUGGGAAGUAUGUGAAAGGAAAGCCUAUCCAAGAGGCUCUUAAGAAUAUACCAGAGGGCAUAGACAAGAAACAAUGGGAGUGGUUGGUAAAAGAACAUUUUUCUACAGAAACUUUUCAGGCGAGAAGCAACAGGAACGCAGCAAACAGAGCUAAGUUGAAGAUGUUUCAUCGUAUUGGUAGCAAGCCUAUUCGAGAGGUUAUUUAUCAAAAGGGGGGAAAACAUGGCAACCCACCAGAUUUGGCAACUGUUUUCUUUGAGACUCGCAAGAAGGAUAACAAGCUUGUUGAAUCUGAGGCAAUUGAAAAACACGCUCAAAUCCAAGAAUUGGUGCAGUCCGAACCAUCUCUUCCUAGCAUAGAGAUAGUGGAAAAAUGCUUUGGACCUCAAAUUCGUAGCCAUGUAUUUGGCUUUGGGGGUGGAGUAAAAGCGAAAGACUUGAAAGGUGCCCCAUCCUCAAAGGCUGAAUUACUAUCUGAGUUACAUUCAACCCGAAAGGAAAACCAAGCUUUGAUGGAUCGCUUGUCUGCCGAUGAAAAUGAGAAAGACUCUACAGGUGGCGCUUCUUCAAAGACUGAAUUACUAUCCGAGUUACAUUCAACUCGAGAGGAAAACCAAUCCUUGAUGGAUCGCUUGUCUGCUGUAGAAAAUGAGAUGAAAGAACUGAAGCAGCUAAAAGAAUUGUUUUUGGCUCGAUAUUCUAAUGUCCAGCCUCCAACGUUACCCAUUUCAGGAGAAUGACAAUUUGAUGAACAUACCAAGUUUUGGAGACUGGUGUAUACAAGUCAGCAUGUAGGUUCUGAGACGUACGAGUUGACUAUCAUUUUGCUAGAAAUGUUUGGCAAACUUUAUAUUAUAGUCUAGGGAUGUUAGCGAUCUUUUGCUAAGGGUUGUAUAGACAAUAUUUUAACUUUCAUCUGGAUGUACAGUGCCACAAAUGAGGUAGUAAUCGUUUUUUGUAAUUAGUUAUUAUUAUAUAUUUAUAUACAUGUGAAAGCACAAUUUAUCUUA